AAAUAUCGAAAUAUUGAAACUUCACGAUUUCGACCUUUUCAACCAAGUUUCGUCUCCGUGCUUACUUGAGCUAGAGUCAAGUCAGUCCGUCAAGAUGGUUAGAAUCGAGACGUGCUACUUCUGUAGUAGACCCGCCUACCCAGGCAAGGGUAUAACAUUCUGCCGCAACGAUGCCAAGCAAUUCCGCUUCUGCCGCUCCAAAUGCCACAAGAACUUCGUCAUGAAGCGCAACCCGCGCAAGCUGAAAUGGACCAAGGCCUUCCGUAAAGCCGCCGGCAAAGAAAUGACCGUCGAUUCUACGCUCCAGUUCGCCGCCCGCAGAAACGUCCCCGUUCGCUACAACCGCGACCUCGUGGCCAAGACCCUCAAGGCCAUGGAGCGCGUCUCCGAAAUCAGGGCUAAGCGCGAGCGUGUAUUCGCCAAGAGACGACUGGCCGGCAAGAGGGCAAGAGAGCUGGCUACAGACCGCAAGCUGGUCGAGACCCACGGUCAUCUAUUGCCCAAGAUGCGCGGCUCCGAGAAGAGGAGACUGGCGGAAGAACAAGGGCUCGCACCCGAGGAGAUCGAGGAACUCGAGCAGACGAAUAUGGUUGCCGAGAAGAGCAAGGUGUUUGGCAAGGAGAAGCUACGCCAGAGAGUGCGCGUCGAUGGUGGUGUCGAGGUCGUGGGCGAAGACGACGGUGGUAUGGAUAUGGAUUCCGACUAAACGACAUGAUACCGUACUGGAGAAUAGAUACGAUCGAGACGCAGGGGAAACUACGAGAGGCUACGCGAAGGGAGACGCCAGAAAAUUACGGGCCGCGGCGUUCAUGUGUGGAUUGCUUUGAUUCUUCUGCAUGCCCUGGCGUUGGUGGAUUCUAGAUUCUAGGUGCCUGAUUCCUUUUCGCAAUACGAAGCCUUAGAGCUGCACGGUCUAGUCCGACAG